AAAUGUCAAAAGCAAAAGAAAAGAAGAGGGCCAAGAAAAUGAAAAAUCAGCCUGCCAGUGUGAUCUUUCCAUCUGAUGGUGGCCCUAGUCCCCGUGAAAUAUGGCGUCAGAAUGGAGGUGAAGGAGCUCACCAACGCAAGAAACAAGAAUUAUGUUCUGAAACCUCACGAGGAUUCUCUCAUCAAAGCACAUCCCAUGGAGUGCCUAAAUAUUUAACAGUUUCUCCUUUUGUUCGAGCUCGUGCGGCUGAAAUAAAGGCCAUGCUGAAGGCGGUUACGCAGAAGUCUUCCAAUACUUUAGUGUUUCAGUCUCUGCCAAGACACAUGAGAAGGCGGGCAAUGAGCCACAAUGUCAAGCGCCUGCCCAGGCGGCUCCGUGAACUUGCCAGAGCAGAGGCGGAGAAACCUGAACAUCAGAAAAAAGAACUCCCAAAGAGCAAAUGUCGUAAAGCCAGGCGACGUCAUAUAAACCUGGUGGCCGAGUUCAAUCGCAGACAGAAGAAGAACAUCUGGCUGGAAACACACAUCUGGCAUGCAAAACGAUUUCACAUGGUGAAGAAAUGGGGCUACUGCUUAGGAGACAAGCCCACAACCAAAUGCUAUCGGGCCUGCUAUCGAGCCAUGGCAAACCACUGCCUGCUUCAGGAUUUAUCAUACUACUGUUGCUUGGAGCUGACUGGAAAAGAGGAGGAACUCCUAACAGCACUUGGUCAAAUGUGCAAUGUAGACACAGGGCCAACGUUUGCAGCUGUUUCUUACCUAGGUGGGAGACGUCAGGGUGCUCUCACAUUGUACCGAAAAGAUCAGUACCCUGACGGUGCUCUCGGUCCCAUUACUUUCAUUUGGAAACAAAAAAAUGAAUCUGCCAUUGCUUCUGCCAGCCGUCAACUGUGGAUAUGGACGCAUCCAGCCUUUAAGGAGGACAUCCUGGCUGAGUUGAAAGCAGUCUGCCACUGUUCUGAGCCUUUGGAACCCUGUAACCCAAAGCCAGUGGUGACGCUGUCCCAAGAAGAAAACAAAACUGAUAUCACUGAAAAAGUUGGCCAGAAAAGGAAGAGGAAUGAUGGCAGCAAAAUGGUUGUCCCCAUGAAAAAAAUUAUUGGUGAUGGAACCAGAGACCCCCAUCAGCCAUAUUGCUGGGUAUCACAAACUACUGGGAUUAUGAUCAGUGACUUGACCAUGGAGAUCCUCCGGUAUCGACUGAUUGGUCCUCUCUUGCACUGUGUCCUUACAGAGGCACUCAAAGCUGCCUCUGUCCAUACUGACCUGGGUGCUACGGAUUCUGAAGUUAACAAUUGGUGGGUGGAAAAUUGCAGAAAUCCUGAGCAAGUGUCUCUUCAUAACCGUCAAGAAGCCAUCUUUGAUCUUUUGCAAGGGUUAAGUGCUUCAGACUUACCAUCAGGUACUGUAUUGGGUUUGACUGUUGGGGAUCCACGACUCAAUCUGCCAAAAAAGAGGUCAAAGGCCAUGCCAAAUCCAGAAAAAUAUCAAGAUGGUGAAAAAAUCAGACAGUUGAUCUUAGAAGGUGUUUCUGCAGAAUGUGCACAGAGUUUUCUCUGGGACCGGAAUAUUUGUAACAGUGUCACAGAAAAUAAAAUGCCAGAAAAGGACCUGAAUAAUCUUAAAAGUAAACUCUUGGUACCCGGAUCAUACCUUGAUUUAGGCCCACAAGAAUCCAAGAUUCCUAUAUUGCUGGUUCAGCAGCCUGGAAAAAUAGCUGGAGAAGAUCGACCAGGCUGGGGAAGUGGCUGGGAUAUUUUGCUACCCAAAGGUUGGGGCAUGGCUUUCUGGCUUCCUCUUAUCUAUCGAGGUGCCAGAGUGGGUGGCUUGCAGGAGGGUCUGAAACAUUCCCUGUAUAAAAGAACUCCUCAUGUUCCCAAUGACUACCCAGACUGUCCUGCUAGUAUCCAGUUUGCCAGAGAAGCAGAGAGGUGUCUUCUUGAAAAAUUUAAGAGGCGCCCUCCUGCAAAAAGAGCAAAUUAUGUCAAGCAUGGGACCCUGGCACCGUUUUUCUGCCCCUGGGAGAAGCUCACCCUGGAUUGGGAGGCUCAGAAUGAAGCUAGCCAGAAAGAGGAGGACUCAUCAGGCCUAGGCAGUGAGGACUUGGCUGCUGAAGAAGAGGCUUCUUGUGGCCGCAGCCCUGGGGUGUUUAUACCAGACUCUUCCAUGACAGGCCAGUUAGGGAGGGAGAUCGCUGCAUCCUCUCAAGACAACAUGCAGAUGGAAAAUGUGACUGACAUGACAGACCUCUGUGAGAAAGAUGAAACUACAUCAAAUUGUGCCUUUUGUGUCCUCAGGAACAGGAAACUAUUACGGCGGAUAUCGGCCUGGUGUCGGCCUGCGCAUGUCAAAACUCAAAAUAUCCGGCACCGUGUUUCCAAGUUGGAUCAACAGGAAUUGACUGAAGAUGCCCUCUUGCCUGUUGUUCAUUGCUAUCCUAGGGCACUAGUCUGGGUCUGCUUGAUCCUUCUUAAAAGAGGUAGCCCUGAACUGCACACCAUGAUCUGCAUCCCCUCAAAAGAAGAUUUGCUUCAGCUAAGCAAAGACAAGAACUUCUUUGGUCCCCAGGAACCUAAACACAGCGAUGUCUUCAAGAAAAUGGUUUUAAAACAAAAGGAAACAAAAAAGAGGGAGAAGAUUGGGAAGGCAGCCCAGAAUAUUACAUCUAGUGCCACGAAUGUAACCAAGCAAGAAGAUCUAACUCUGGGCUUAUGGCCUGAGCCACUGCCAGAUGUGACAUCCCACUGUUCCAGAGUUCUCUUGGGGUUUGUUGCUCAAGGAGACUUCUCGUUGGCCUUUGGCUGUGGGGAAGCGCUAGGAUUUGUUAGCCUGACAGGCCUACUGAGGAUGCUGCUGAAUCAGCCAGAAGACCAAAGAGGGCUUGUUUUGUUAAGGAAUCCAGCAUCACUUCAGUAUAGAUUUGCUAGACUUAUUGUUGAAGUAUAAUGUGGUUGGAACUCGCUGCUUCUGAGGAAGCCUUUCUGUGAAAGUGUAUGGCUUCUUCAUCUAGAUGCAAUUAUUCUUUCCCACCCCCCCCCCCCAAAAAAAGUGUACCUCACUUUUGUCAAUAUGCAAUUUGAAACAGAUGUUAUAGUGGACUGAAAACUCAUGUCAAAGUAAAAGCUUUGUUGCUUAGAAUUUUUUUGAAUGUGCAUAUAAUAUUUUUAUAAAAACAAGCAGCCAACCUUUGUGUUACAAGCUUUCAUUUUGUUAUAUAAAUGUUUUGCCUCAAUGAAGGAGCUGCUUUCCCAUUUUUUUGUGCAGCUGAAAUCACCAUUUCACACAAAAAUUAGCUCUUUUUAUCACUCCUACAUAUCGGUGAGGCAUACUGGUUUGCUGAGCCUGUGCAUUUACAAAACAGGCUGUUUGAAUCGGCUGCUUUUUAUGACCAAGCUAUGUACAAAACGGUACACAUACAGUCUUCCCCAUUCCUAUUCAGAAAAAGUGCAUUUUGUCUGAACUUACUCAUGCCAAUUGUUAUAAGGGUUGGCCCUUGUUUUUCUGAACAUAACUUCCAUUGUGUUCUGCUUUGCAGAACAGUCUUCAUUAUUGUGGGUAAAACUUGGUUGGCUUGUACUUUUAAGCCAUGCAAUAUGAUGGGAAUGUGAAAUUAUAUGACUUCUGCAAAUGGG